AUGUUGAAUUCAGAGGAUGAUGAUUAUGAUCCACAGUUUGACAAGGAAAUCUAUGAUGACUAUGGUGUAGAUGAUGAUGACUGGUUGGGUGGCAUGGAGUGUGAGUUUAAUAAUAUGGGGCAGUGGAUUGGAGGAGGGAGUAAAGGAAAUGGUGCAAGUAUGGAGAGUGAGGGUGAUGUUCAAGUUGAGGAUAAUGAAGCAAUGCAUGGAGCUGUUGACAGUGAUGAGGAAGUAAUUGGGAAUGAGGCAAACUCUGAUGGAGAGGACUUCCCUGAAUUCCAUCCAAAGACUGAUAUGCAUGACCUUCAGUUUUGUUUAGGAAUGAAGUUUGCAACAGCUAAAAUUUUGAGAGCAGCCAUAAGAGAGAGAGACCAAUACAAAAAGAGUGGGAAGCUUUUUUUUUUUGUCAAAAGUGAUAGGCUUAGAAUAAGGAUGAUUUGCAAAGCAGAGAACUGCCCUUUUGAGCUUUAUGCCUCUAAGAUGCAACAUGAGGACACUCUCAUAGUGAAGACCUACAAUGAAGAGCACACUUGUGCUAGGGUGAAUGAAAACAGUAUGAUUAGAACACCAUACUUGACAGAAAAGUUUGCAGAGCAGAUUAAGUUUAACCCAAAUUGCGCAACGGAUUCACUUGCUCAAAGUAUGUCAGCUAGUUUGAAGGCACGAGUUUCAGUUCAACAAGCUUAUAGAGAAAAAAAAGGGCCCUUGCAGCUUCUAGAAGCAUCUAUCAGAGAGAAAUUUGCAAGAAUAUGGGAUUAUGGAGAGGAGCUUAAGAGAGUUGACCCAAACACCACAAUUGAUCUGAAGUGUGACUUUGACAAUCCAGAGCAGUUACCUGUGUUCAAGAGACUUUAUAUAUGUUUAGGAGCACUAAAGAUGAGUUUUAGAGCUGGAUAUAGGUCAGUCCUUGGGUUUGAUGGGUGCCAUUUAAAGAGCUGCUAUGGUGGACAGUUAUUGACAGCUGUGGGAUUGGAUGCAAAUAACACAACAGGGGUUUUGGCUUAUGCUAUGGUGGAGAUGAAAAGUAAAGACAGUUGGGAGUGGUUUCUGGAUCUGUUAGUGAAAGACUUGAACAUAAGGGAUGAAGGAGGGUGGACCUUUAUCAGUGAUAAGCAGAAGGGAUUAUUACCUGCUUUUGAAGAGAUCGUACCGCUUGCAGACCUAAGGUUUUGUGUUAGGCACCUGUGGACAAAUUUCAUUAAGUUAUUCCCUGGUAAGGUGAUGAAGGACCAAUUUUGGGCAUGUGCAAAGGCAACCACAAUAAACUAUUUCACCAAGGAAAUGAUCCUUAUGAAGUUACUUGAUCUCGGAGCAUAUGAUUGGCUAACAGCUAGAGCAAAGCCAAUUGUGACAUGUUUUGAAGAGAUAAGGGUUAACCUGAUGAAAAGGAUCCAUAUAAGGAGGGAUAAGAUGCUGAGGUAUGAAGAUACAAUCUACCCCAAACCUAGGAAGAUACUAGAGAAAAACAAGGUUAAGGCAGCAACAGAUUGCAUUCCUAGUGGAUUAGGUGGACCAGAAAUUGAGGUUGAAAGCUUUGGAGGAAGCAAGCAUGGGUGA